AUGGGUGCUGACGGGGCUUUCUUGCAAGACCGUCUCGUUAGGUGGACGCAGAGACUGAAUAAUUUGACUGUAUCACCUCUCACUCGUGACUAUCCAGAACCCACUCCCUCUGGUCCUGAGGCUUCUAAUAAGCGACCUAUUGAAGCCUUCGAGUCUUUGGAGCUCUCUAAGGCUACCAAAUUGUCUAUCUCUAUACUUUCGGGAUCCAAUGAUUCUGGAUUCCUCGUUUUUCUCACGGCGUUUGUGGUUCUCGUCAGCCGCUUAACUGGAGAUGAGGACAUUGCGUUAGGAACAAGCUCUGAGAACGAUGGACGCCCAUUCGUAUUGCGCGUGCCAAUUACACACAGCGAGUCGUUUGCAGAACUCUAUUCAAAGGUGGUCAAGGCAUUUACAGAAGGCGCUGCUGAUGUCGUGCCCUUAAGAGCUUUAAGAACACACAUUCAAAAAACGAACAAAUCGGAACGAACCCCUAUCUUAUUCCGUUUUGCAGCCUACGAAGCCCCCGCUUCGUCACAAGAAUACCCCGCGAACACAUUCGAAACUACUGACCUUGUCCUUAAUGUUGCCCCAGGAACAACAUCGGAUUCUGGCAAGUUGGAGGUGGGGGGCUACUACAACCAACGUCUUUUUUCGAGCGCUAGAAUAUCCACAAUAUUGUCACAGCUUGCUCAGAUAAUACAGAAUGUAUCGUCAAAUCCAUCAGAAGCAAUAGGGAGGAUUGAGUUUCUCACGAAAGAGCAAAGGGAUGUACUUCCAGAUCCUGCAAAGGACCUACACUGGUCUGAGUUUCGCGGGGCAAUUCAGGAUAUAUUUGCCCGAAAUGCUGAGAAACACCCGGCGAAACUAUGUGUUGUAGAAACAAAAUCCAAUCAUUCUCCCCACCGAGAAUUCACAUAUGGGCAAAUCCAUGAGGCGUCGAAUAUUCUUGGUCACCACCUGGUUCAAUCAGGGGUACAAAGAGGGGAAGUUGUUAUGGUCUAUGCGCACCGUGGCGUUGAUCUUGUGGUAGCUAUUAUGGGCAUUUUAAAGGCUGGAGCAACGUUCUCAGUAAUUGACCCAGCAUAUCCUCCUGAUCGGCAAGUCAUUUAUCUGGAUGUUGCGAGACCCAGGGCCUUGAUCAAUAUAGAAAAGGCAACGCAAGACGCUGGAGAACUGUCAGAGAAGGUUCGCUCUUUUAUUACUGAAAACCUUGAGCUAAGAACAGAAGUACCAGCUUUAGCGUUACAGGAUGACGGGUUCUUGAGAGGCGGACUGCUGAACGGAAACGAUGUUCUAGCUCCCCAGUUACCUUUAAAAGCCCAGUCAGUUGGCGUAGUUGUUGGACCGGAUUCCACUCCUACGCUUUCGUUUACUUCUGGUUCAGAAGGCCGUCCAAAGGGCGUACGUGGAAGACAUUUCUCACUUGCUUACUACUUCCCUUGGAUGUCUAAGACCUUUAGUCUUUCAGAGAAUGAUAAAUUUACACUAUUAAGCGGGAUUGCCCAUGAUCCCGUCCAACGAGACAUUUUUACCCCUCUCUUUUUAGGUGCCAUGCUUCUCGUGCCUUCCAGAGAGGAUAUCCAGAAUGAAAAAUUGGCAGAAUGGAUGAGUGAAUAUAAGGCGACUGUUACUCACCUUACGCCUGCCAUGGGCCAAAUUCUUGUUGGGGGCGCCACUGCUCAAUUUCCAUCCCUGCAUCAUGCCUUUUUUGUUGGAGAUAUUCUAAUCAAGAGAGAUUGCAUGUCGCUGCAGGCCCUUGCACCAAACGUGAAUAUUGUAAAUAUGUACGGCACUACUGAAACCCAGCGUGCCGUAAGUUACUUCGAGAUUCCAUCAUUCACAAGCCAAGGAUCAUAUCUUGAUAUGAUGAAAGACGUCAUUCCUGCAGGGAAAGGAAUGGUUGAUGUUCAACUACUAGUGGUAAAUCGCUUCGAUAGAACAAAGCUGUGUGCAGUAGGUGAAGUUGGUGAAAUUUAUGUGAGAGCAGGUGGCCUUGCCGAAGGAUACCUUGGGGCUCCUGAGUUAAAUGAGAAAAAAUUCUUACCCAAUUGGUUUGUCGACCCACAAGUCUGGCAAGAUCGUGAACAACAGCAUCAAAAUGAUACCGCCAAGGAGCCUUGGAGAGACCACUAUGUUGGACCUAGGGAUCGCCUUUAUCGGAGUGGUGACCUUGGGAGGUACACUGCCACGGGUGUGGUCGAAUGCUCUGGCAGGGCUGACGAUCAGGUCAAAAUACGGGGCUUCAGAAUCGAGCUUGGAGAAAUUGAUACUCAUCUCUCCCGACAUCCCCUUGUUCGGGAGAACAUAACAUUAGUGAGAAGGGACAAAUUUGAAGAGCCAACGUUGGUGAGCUAUAUCGUGCCACAAAUGGCAAAAUGGAGCUCGUGGCUAGAGCAAAAAGGCCUUAAAGACGACGACUCUGCCGACGGAAUGGUUGGAAUGCUGAGAAGGUUCAGGCCAUUACGGGAAGAUGCACGGGAUUAUCUACGUGGCAAGUUAGCCAGCUAUGCUGUACCCACGGUCAUCAUUCCAUUGAAACGCAUGCCUCUCAACCCUAACGGAAAAGUAGACAAGCCUGCCUUGCCAUUCCCGGAUACCUCAGAGCUGAGUGCUGCAGCUCCUCGGCGCCGGUCGUCUGUCUUACAACAACUAUCAGAAACGGAACUCGCACUGGCGCAGAUUUGGGCAAAGCUUAUACCCAAUGUCUCUGCCAGAAUGAUUGGACCUAAUGAUUCAUUUUUUGACCUUGGGGGCCACAGUAUCCUAGCACAACAGAUGUUCUUCGAGCUUAGACGCAAAUGGAGAAAUCUUGAGCUUAGUAUGAGUGCCAUCUUUCGCAGCCCGACCCUCAAGACCUUUGCCAACGAAAUUUCACAUUUACAAAACAUUGAAUCUUUCACCAGUGAUGAGCAGGCCGCUAUUGAGGCGCCUGCUGAUUCUUCGAAUCAAUACUCUGAAGAUGCAAAGAAAUUAGUAAAUUCACUACCAAAGCAGUUUCCGGCUCCAACGAAUUCUGUGUUGCAGGACUGCUGUACUGUUUUUCUUACAGGUGCAACUGGCUUCCUUGGUGCAUUUAUUCUAAGAGAGCUACUUUCAAGAAAGGCACCAGCAAUUAAAGUGGUGGCUCUUGUCCGCGCAAAGUCUGCGGAUGCCGCCCUUGAGCGUGUUCGGUCGACUUGUAAGGCAUAUGGCUUUUGGUCUGAAGAGUGGGUGGGUAGGUUACAAUGCAUACAAGGAAAUCUAGGCGAUGAGAAGUUUGGCUUCCCGGAUGACUUAUGGAAUGACCUCGUUAAUAGGAUUGAUGUUGUGAUUCAUAAUGGAGCAUUAGUUCAUUGGGUAUAUCCGUAUUCUAAUCUCAGAGCUCCGAAUGUCCUGGGCACAAUUGAUUCUUUAAAUCUAUGUGCGAUGGGAAAGCCUAAACAAUAUGGGUUUGUUAGCUCAACAAGUGUCCUUGAUACCCUUCAUUUUGUUGAGGAAUCCGAGCGAAUUGUCGAUGCGGGCGGAGCCGGAAUAAGUGAAUCUGACGAUCUGUCCGGCAGUAGUACAGAAUUAGGCACUGGAUAUGGUCAAAGCAAAUGGGUAGGAGAAUACCUGGUUCGUGAAGCUGGCCGACGAGGGUUAAAGGGUGCUAUUAUUCGACCCGGCUAUGUAACCGGUGAUUCUCAAACCGGGACGACAAAUACCGACGAUUUUCUUAUUCGUAUGGUCAAGGGCUGCAUCCAACUUUCCGCCCGGCCCAAUAUCAACAAUACCGUUAACAUGGUUCCUGUUGACCAUGUAGCAAAAGUUGUCAUCGCUUCAGCAUUUUUCCCUCCCCAUUCCGAACUAUCUGUUUCGCAUGUAACCAGCCAUCCCCGCCUAAGAUUCAAUCAAUUCUUAGGUGCUCUACAGACAUUUGGGUAUGAUGUUCCACAGGUUGAUUACGUCCCGUGGGCAAACUCUCUUGAGCAAUAUGUCAAUGAUGGUGACCGGAACACCACUGCCCAACACGCAUUGAUGCCUCUCUAUCAUUUUGUAACUGCAGAUCUUCCAGCAAAUACUCGGGCUCCUGAACUUGACGAUAUAAAUGCUGCAGCUGCUCUUAUUGCCGAUUCCAAGUGGUCUGGUGAGAAUUCGUCAGAAGGGAGUGGAGUGACAGAGGAGCUUGUUGGACUUUAUCUCUCCUACCUUUUGGAAAUAGGGUUCCUGCCGCCUCCUACCGUGGCUGGAUCCAAGGUCCUUCCGAAAGGCAAGAUUUCAGAUGCUCAAAGAGUUGCUCUUGGUGCCGUUGGCGGCCGUGGUGGCAAUGCUUGA